AUGAAAGUUCCUGAUCCCCUCACAGUGGAGCAUGCAGUCACAGCGAUUUUCAACAUCUGCCGGAUGGAAGCCGGGCAAAAGGAAAUUUUCUCCGAGGGGGGGCUGGAGUCUCUUGUGGACGUCCUCCGGGCAGCAGAAAACAACGAAGCUGCCCGGGAAAACGCGGCGGCGGCGAUUUUCUGCCUGGCGAACACAGAGGAACGAAAGCAGCUGGUUACUGAGAGAGGAGCGUUACCACCGCUGGUGGGGUUGCUGCAGACUAGUAGUGUGAGAGGGCAAAGAGAUGCUAUUCUGACCAUCUGGAGUCUGGUUAGGUGGCUCUGUGCGUGCUCUCUUUAUGGCUUCCCGGGUGACACAGCAGCGGGUGAUGCGGGGUGUCAUAGUGAGGCAACAGCAGCAAGAGCCGGAGCAGGAGCAGGAGCAUCAGUAGCAGCAGCAGAAGUAGGAGCAGGAGGAGCAGGGGAGGGGAGGAGGAGAGAAGCAGUGAUGCCACAGAGGCAGCAGAUGGUUCAGGAGGCAGCAGGGGGGCAGCAGAGGGGACAGUGGGAAGGAGAGCAAGGAGGCCGGCGGGCCAUCUGGGAAGCAAAUGGCGUGGAGGGGGUUUGUGACGUGCUGGAGAUGUCGUCUCAGAGGGCAAAGGAGGAGGCAGUGGCAACGCUGCUACGAAUGGCUGGGAGUGACACGCGCGUUAAGGCGGUUUUGGUUAGGGAAGGGGUGAUCCCUGCGCUGUAUAAGAUUCAUAAGGAGAGCGAGGGCAAUGCAGGGGUGAAGGCUAAGACUCUGCUUGACAUGCUGCGGACCACCUGGAAGUAA